GAAUCAGGAAUAAUAAAAGUGAAAACAAUAGCUGCACGGAACACUGAUAUUUUGGCAGCACUGAAAGAGAACAGCUCAGAGGUAGUUCAGCCUUUUCUAAUGGGUUGUGGAACAAAGGAACCAAAGAUCACUCAGCUGUGUCUAGCGGCCAUACAGAGGCUCAUGUCCCAUGAAGUUGUUUCAGAGGCUGCAGCAGGAAACAUUAUUAAUAUGCUUUGGCAACUCAUGGAAAAUAGUCUAGAAGAACUUAAAUUGCUCCAGACGGUUCUUGUACUUUUAACAACCAAUACAGUUGUGCAUGAUGAAGCACUGUCCAAGGCAAUCGUACUUUGUUUUCGCUUGCACUUCACAAAAGAUAAUAUUACAAAUAACACUGCGGCAGCUACAGUACGGCAGGUGGUUACUGUUGUAUUUGAGAGAGUGGUUGCUGAAGAUGAACGAUACAAAGAUACUGUUGACCAGCCAGUUGCAGUUCAAGGAAAUAGUAACAGAAGAUCUGUCAGUACACUGAAGCCAUGUGCUAAGGAUGCAUAUAUGCUUUUUCAGGAUCUUUGUCAGUUAGUUAAUGCUGAUGCUCCCUAUUGGCUCGUGGGUAUGACAGAAAUGACCCGGACGUUUGGCCUUGAACUUCUUGAGUCAGUCCUCAAUGACUUUCCACAAGUGUUUUUACAACAUCAGGAAUUCAGUUUUCUUCUUAAGGAAAGGGUAUGCCCUCUUGUUAUAAAGCUCUUCUCCCCAAACAUCAAAUUCAGGCAAGGUUCCAGCACAUCAUCUUCCCCAGCACCAGUGGAAAAACCUUACUUCCCCAUCUGUAUGCGUUUGCUGAGAGUAGUUUCUGUUUUGAUUAAGCAGUUUUACAGUUUACUGGUAACAGAAUGUGAAAUCUUCCUGUCGUUGCUAGUUAAGUUUCUGGAUGCAGACAAACCACAGUGGCUAAGAGCUGUUGCAGUAGAAUCUAUUCACAGACUUUGUGUGCAGCCUCAACUAUUAAGGUCCUUUUGUCAAUCGUAUGAUAUGAAGCAACAUUCCACUAAAGUUUUCCGUGAUAUUGUGAAUGCACUGGGGUCCUUCAUCCAGUCACUAUUUCUUGUACCAAGCACAGGGAACACAUCAGUGACACCAAACCAAACUGGAAGCAAUGCAUCGGGGAAUACUGGCUCAGCGCAGACUAACCCUGGAGUGCUUGGAAUGGGAGGAGGUGCAACUGUAUUACCUGCCUUUGAGUACAGAGGCUCUUGGAUACCUAUUCUGAAUGUAACAGUACAAGGCAGUGCUAAAGCUACCUAUUUGGAAAUGCUGGACAAAGUAGAGCCACCUACGAUUCCUGAAGGCUAUGCCAUGUCGGUGGCAUUUCACUGUUUACUGGAUCUUGUCCGUGGUAUCACUACCAUGAUUGAAGGAGAGUUGGGAGAGGCAGAAACAGGCAGUCAUACCACAACAGAGACAACUUUAUUACCAGCACGGCCUUCAGAGCAGCAAGACUUGCAGUCUGUGUCUGACCAGUCGGAGAAAGAACUAGUUAGCAGAGCUGUCUGGGAAGAAAUGGUGAAUGCUUGCUGGUGUGGUCUUCUGGCUGCUUUAUCCCUCCUACUUGAUGCGAGCACUGAUGAAGCUGCCACAGAAAAUAUUCUAAAAGCAGAACUGACCAUGGCUGCACUUUGUGGAAGACUGGGUCUUAUAACAUCAAGAGAUGCCUUUAUCACUGCCAUUUGCAAAGGAUCCUUGCCUCCUCACUAUGCCCUUACUGUAUUAAACAGCACAACUGCAGCUCUGUCCAGCAAAUCAUAUUCCAUUCAGGGACAGAAUGUUCAAAUGAUCAGUCCCUCAAGUGAGUCUCAUCAGCAAGUUGUAGCAGUAGGGCAACCCUUAGCUCUUCAGCCACAAGGAACAGUAAUGCUGACUUCAAAAAAUAUCCAGUGUAUGAGGACAUUACUAAAUUUAGCUCACUGCCAUGGAGCUGUUCUUGGUACAUCGUGGCAACUUGUCCUGGCUACUCUUCAGCAUCUUGUGUGGAUUUUGGGACUGAAACCUGGUGUUGGGGGUGCAUUAAAACCUGGAAGAGCUGUAGAAGGGCCCAGCACAGUUCUGACUACAGCAGUUAUGACUGAUCUGCCAGUUAUAUCCAACAUACUUUCAAGGCUUUUUGAAAGCUCACAAUACCUUGACGAUGUGUCUUUACAUCACUUAAUAAACGCCCUUUGCUCCUUGUCCCUGGAAGCCAUGGAUAUGGCCUAUGGAAACAAUAAGGAACCAUCACUUUUUGCUGUUGCUAAAUUACUGGAAACAGGACUGGUUAACAUGCACAGGAUUGAGAUUCUUUGGAGACCUCUGACCGGUCAUCUUCUGGAGGUCUGUCAGCAUCCAAACUCCAGAAUGAGAGAAUGGGGAGCAGAAGCUUUAACUUCUCUCAUUAAAGCAGGACUGACAUUCAGCCACGAUCCUCCAUUAUCUCAAAAUCAGAGACUGCAGUUGCUUUUAUUGAAUCCACUAAAGGAACUGUCAAACAUUAGUCAUCCUGAUAUCAGGAUCAAGCAGUUGGAGUGUGUGCUACAGAUUUUGCAAAGUCAGGGUGACAGCUUAGGACCUGGUUGGCCAUUGGUGCUUGGAGUCAUGGGGGCAAUCCGAAGUGAUCAGGG